GCAACCUUUUUCCCCGGGGGUUCCCCUUCCUUUUAAAUUCUCCAAUUCGGCUAGCCGUCACCACUCAUUACCAUCUCUCUCUCUUGAGAGUUCAAUCCACACUGCCCUGCUUCCUCUAGCCAAAGAAAAAGAGAGAGGGGGGAAAGAGAGGUUAAAAUUCAAAAAGAUGAACGACCUGAUGACCAAAUCCUUCCUCAGUUAUGCGGACCUGAAGAAAGAGGCUCUCAAAGACCUGGAAUCCGGGGCAGAGGAGGAUGGCAUCGAGAUGACGGCAGCUGCAGCGGAUGAGAACCUGCGUCGCUUCUUUGAGGAAGCCGGGCUGGUGAAGGAAGAGAUGGGGUCUAUCCAGGACCUCCUGGUGCGGCUCCAGAACGCCAACGAGGAGAGCAAGUCCCUUCACAAGCCCGAGUCUCUCCGCUCCCUCCGCGACCGCAUCAAUGCCAACAUCAUCUUGGUGCUCAAGAAGGCGCGGGCCAUCCGCGACCGGCUGGAGGCCAUGGACCGGUCGAAUGCGGCCAACCGGAGGCUCUCCGGGUGCCGGGAGGGCACCCCAAUCGACCGGACGAGGACGUCCGUGACCAACGGGCUGAGGAAGAAGCUCAAGGAGCUGAUGAUGGACUUCCAGGGGCUGAGGCAGAGGAUAAUGGCGGAGUACAAGGAGACGGUGGAGCGCCGCUACUUCACCGUUACGGGGGAGGUCCCCGAGGAGGACAUGAUCGAGAAGAUCAUAUCCAACGGUGAUAGCGAGGAGCUGCUGAAGAAGGCCAUCCUGGAGCACGGGAGGGGGAAGGUGCUGGCCACCGUCCACGAGAUCCAGGACCGGCACGACGCGGCCAAGGAGAUGGAGCGAAGCCUGCUGGAGCUCCACCAGGUGUUCCUGGACAUGGCGGUCAUGGUGGAGGCCCAGGGGGAGCAGAUGGACAGCAUCGAGCACCAUGUCACCAGCGCGGCCCACUACGUCAAGGAUGGGACCAAGGAGCUCCGGUGCGCCAAAAAGUACCAGAGGAGCAGCCGCAAGUGGUUGUGCAUCGGGGUCCUCCUGCUGCUCAUCCUUAUUCUGGUCAUCGUCAUUCCCAUCGCCACCAGCUUCAGUAAAUCCUAGACUGCAGAUCACUGUUUUACCUCCAGCUUCUUUCGAGGGUUGGAGUUCUGCUCAAGCUCCUCCGGUGGUCGUGGUCGGAUUUCCUCCAUGGAUCGCUUCCAUCUCUUUCCCUCUUCCCUCUGCAUUCUUCUUGUUCUUCUAUUUUUUAAUUACAUGUCAGGAUAUCCAUCAAUGUAUGAUCAUAAAAUGUCUUAUAAAGCUUCUUUAAUAUCCCCUUGCGACAUC